UGCGGGUAAACAGAGAAAAGUAACUCCAUUCCUGUCAGCGUGUCCUAAAAUAGGUUCGAGCAAACAGCAUGUUUUAUUUGACCUACUCUACAUAAUAGGAACAGAAUGAUGGUGUCAAUUUUCAAAGUAAACAAGUGAGAAAUUAUUUAAAACAAACAAUCAAACGUCGUGAGAACUAUGAAUACCAAGUAACAACGCGCCAUCACAAGAAAACCAUUCAUUUUUUUUUUGAGGACCGAUACAGUUAUCAGACUUUUAAAUGAAAAAGAAUCCAUUAAUCUUCUACGCUUCACAUGACUCGCCCGAAUGAAGUUAUCACAGCGCUAAUUGCAAACUCACACUUUUUAUCAUACCAGUUUCUGUCCCGAUAAGAUUACAGUGUCAUAUGGCCCACAACAGCGCCACCUCUACAUCUUUAGUUAGCGAGUGAACCUAUCUAGUAAAUAUUAUAGGUUUUAUUGUAAUAAUGUAAAAAUAUAAAUGCUAUAAAGUGAUGGUGCAGUGUUUUGUUGGUGUUUCCGUGAUAUGUUAGACGCUCGAGUGAUUUCCGUAAUGCAAAACUUGAGGUCCUUGGAUUUCCCCGGAGGAGGAGAACAUCCCCACCGGAACAGAUCUGCGUCAAUGUCCUUGCGGUAUAUGCAAAAUGGACUAGCAAGGCAUGAGCCAAGAUAUUCAUUACAAUACCAGACUGAUGAAAACAGCUUCCUACUUCGUCUGAAGAUUGUAGGGGCCCAAUCAUUAGCGAAAAAGGAUAUAUUUGGUGCUAGCGACCCUUAUGUACGCGUGGAGUUGCAAAAGGUGGACGGUGACGUCACCAUCGAGACCUUUCUCACUAAAACUAAGAAAAAGACUUUAAACCCAACAUGGAAUCAGGAGUUUGUAUUUAGGGUGAAACCCUCGGAGCACAAGCUCCUCAUCCAAGUGUUCGACGAGAACCGGCUGACCCGCGACGACUUCCUGGGCAUGGUGGAGCUGCCGCUGGCCGGCGUGGCCACGGAGAGCGCGGCCAGCGCGCGCCCCGCCCUCGUUAAGUACCCCCUCCGGCCGCGCAGGUCCGUCGCGCGGUCCCGCGUGCGCGGCCACAUCGAGGUGUACGCGGCGCUGGUGGGGCGCGUGGGGGAGGGCGCCGCGGCCGCCGCGCCCGCCGCGCCCGCCGCGCCGCCCGACGGCUGGGAGAUGGUGGAGCCCGCGCCGCAGACCGGCCUCGUGCCGCCGGUCGUGUCGUGUUCCGUCCCGUCCCUCACGGGCGGCGACUGGCAGCUGGUGGACACCUCACACGUGCCACACACAGCUAGAACGAUCGGUGGCGAGCCGCUGCCGCCGGGCUGGGAGGAGCGCCAGGACGCUAACGGCCGCACCUACUACGUCAACCACAUCGAGAGGUCCACGCAGUGGGAGAGACCAACCUUCAUGCGCAACAUGAGCACGGAGUCGCAGGCCGAGCGCAUGGAGACCGCGGCCACCGAGUUCCAGCGCCGGUACCACAUCAGCGUGGACCAGCCCGCCGCCGGCCCGGGGCAGGAGGAUAUAAGCAAUAGAAGUGGGGACAGUAAUUCGACGGAACCCACGCCGUUUUCCACACCGAUCAGAUCGCCGGAGCCGGUCGCACCCGAGCCGGACACGGUGACCGACACACACACUAAUAGUAUAAGUGACGAAACCGACUGUGAUAAUAAUUUAAGAAACAAAACUAUACCCGAGGAGGACGAUGUUGUGUGCGCUAACGAACAGGUUAGCGAAGCUCAGAGUGACGCGGGCACUAGUCAGAGCUCACCCGGGGAACAAGCCCAGAUAGAACAGGACGAGAUCACACGAAGCGGCGACAGCAAAGAUAUCGACCAGGUGGCCGAACAAGGGGCUGACCAGGUGGCCGACACCGCCGACACACAGACAGACACAAGCGGGCAACAGCCCACGGAGACUGCGACAGACACACAAGAGACUGAGCCCGCUCAAGCCGAGGCAGACGACACCGACACACAAGUUGCUCAAGCUAGUGAAGCUGACGAGGAGAGCGAGGCGCUGACGACGGUGCUGGUGGAGGACUCGCUGACGUUUGACGAGAACCACUUCAGCACGCCCACGGCCGCCUCGCCCGCCGCCUCCGCCGCGCACUCCGACUCCGAGGACGAGACAGACGGCUCGACAGAGACCUCUAGCACUAGCAGCAGCAGCGGCAGCAGUACGCAGAGCCAGAACCUACCUAACAGUGAAGGUUUGCCGGCCGGCUGGAGUAUGCAGCGCGCGCCCAACGGCAGGAUAUUCUUUAUUGACCACAACCAAAAGACUACCACGUGGAUAGACCCAAGAACCGGCUGUGCGUCCAGCUUGCCGGCGCCGGCGGCGGCGGGCGGGGGCGCGGGCGGGGGCGCGGGCGCGGGCGGGGGCGCGGCCGAGGCCGACGAGCUGGGCGCGCUGCCCGAGGGCUGGGAGGAGCGCGUGCACACUGAUGGGAGGAUCUUCUUCAUCGACCACAACACCCGCACGACGCAGUGGGAGGACCCGCGGCUGUCCAACCCGCAGAUCGCGGGCCCCGCCGUGCCCUACUCGCGCGACUACAAGCGCAAGUACGAGUACCUCAAGAGCCAGCUGCGUAAACCGAGCAACGUUCCAAACAAGUUCGAGAUCAAGGUCCGGCGCAACUCGAUCCUGGAGGACUCGUACCGCAUCAUCAGCUCCGUCAGCCGCCUCGACCUGCUCAAGACCAAGCUCUGGGUCGAGUUCGAGUCCGAAGUCGGACUUGACUACGGCGGCCUCGCUCGCGAGUGGUUCUUCCUGCUGUCGAAGGAGAUGUUCAACCCGUACUACGGCCUGUUCGAGUACUCGGCCAUGGACAACUACACGCUGCAGAUCAACCCCAACAGCGGCGUCUGCAACGAGGAGCACCUCAGCUACUUCAAGUUCAUCGGCAGGGUCGCCGGCAUGGCCGUCUACCAUGGGAAACUGCUCGAUGCAUUCUUCAUCCGUCCAUUCUACAAGAUGAUGCUGGGCAAGACGAUAGAGCUGCUGGACAUGGAGUCCGUCGACCUCGAGUACUACAACUCGCUCAUGUGGAUCAAGGAGAACGACCCGUCCGAGUUGUACCUGACGUUCUCCGUGGACGAGGAGCAGUUCGGUAAGACCAUCCAGCGGGACCUGAAGCCCGGCGGCGCCAACAUCGCCGUCGAUAACGACAACAAGGACGAGUACAUCAAACUGGUGAUCCAGUGGCGCUUCGUGUCGCGCGUGCAGGAGCAGAUGUUCGCGUUCCUGGAGGGGCUGGGCGCGCUCGUGCCGCUGCCGCUGCUGAAGAUCUUCGACGAGAACGAGCUGGAGCUGCUGCUGUGCGGCAUCCAGCACAUCGACGUGCGCGACUGGCGCAACAACACGCUCUACAAGGGGGACUACCACGCCAACCAUCUCGUCGUGCAGUGGUUCUGGAGGGUGGUGCUAUCGUUCUCCAACGAGAUGCGUUCCCGCCUGCUGCAGUUCGUGACGGGCACGUCGCGGGUCCCCAUGAACGGGUUCAAGGAGCUGUACGGGUCCAACGGACCGCAACUCUUCACCAUCGAGAAGUGGGGCGCGCCCGACAACUACCCCAGGGCACACACCUGUUUCAACCGUAUCGAUCUCCCGCCGUACGAGAGCUACCAACAGUUACGAGAGAAGCUGAUCAAGGCCAUCGAGGGCUCGCAGGGCUUCGCCGGCGUCGACUGAGAACCAACACUCCGCAACACGUACUACUCACUACGACAGAGGGACAUAGGAGGAUAGAGGGGGAAAAAGGGAUGAAAAAUGGGGGAAAUCGGUAUCUUGGAAGUCAUCCAGCUAUCCUGGUAUAGAUGAUGAGGAACGCUUCCAUGGUAAAUAAUUGUGGGGUGAAUAAUUCUGAUGGUGUUCAAUUCAUGCUUUAGAACGACGCUUGUCUGGUCUCCCAAAUAUUUAUAUAAUUUCAUAAACAAAAGUUACUCAUUUAAAAAAAUAUAUAUAGAUUUGAAACGCAAACUUUUAACCGGGUUCAGCUUGUACACUUUUUACUUCCAAAUAAUUUAUUAAUUAUGAAAUUAUUCCCUUCAAUAACGUAAAAGAAUCUCCUUUUCCCAAAACUCUAUUUACACCUCUAUUUUUGUUCCCCACUUCUACCAUAAUGCACUAUGAUUUGCAAGACAACUUGCUACACUAUCUAAAGAGAAUUAAUUUGUCACGCAUACAAGUAUUCGUUUGUUUAAUUAGGAAAAUGUUCUAGUUCCUAAAAAAAACCGUCAUGUGAUGAAAACGUCACUUCCAAAGUUCUAUAUUUUAAAAACUGUGUGUCAAGUUAUGUUGGUCGAUAGUAGACUAUUCUGCGAUUUAAGUAACUCGUAAAAUAUCUUCAUCUGUUAAAAAAAUACAAUUUUAUUGAUUGACAAAAAGCAGAAAAUACAAUCACAUAUGUAAUGUAGAAUUAUUCAGUUAAAAGGUCACACAUAUUAUAUCAUAUGGCUAACAGCAAAUCAAUAUUGAGUGAACUUCGUAAGUGACUUGCGUUCUUAGUUUUAUAAAUAUAUCUUUUAAAUUUCCUUUAUUCAAAUGUUUAGAGGAAAAGAGACAAAUAGUAUUAUAUGAUACGAUCUCUGCUAGCUAGCGCCCCCUGCCCGCAACCAGCUCAACACACUCACAACAGACUGGACAGACUAUUCUAAAUUAAAUAUAACUGCAUUUCUAGACGAUUAUCUUUUAAAUAAAUAAAAUCUAAAUACAAAUAAGAUCUCUAAAAUAUCACCUUAAAAAACUUGGCUUCAAACAUUGUUCCUUAAAAAAAAAAUUAAAACGAAUCACCCUAAAACACUGCUAAUAAAAAGUAAAAAACGUCAAAUUCAAUUAUUUUUAACUGUUGUCCCAAUAGCUAAUAUAAAAAAGGCAAUUAUUUAAAUGUAGAUAAAAGUCUAAUUUAAUUAUAAAAAAUCUAACACUGAUAUGUUAUAAAUCAAAUUGAAUAAUUCUAGAUAAAUUAUUAUGAUCUAGUAUUUCGUGUGAUUAGAAUUCUAAACGAGUGCCUAUAUCUAAUUGGUGUAUAAACUGCAUUUUUUUAAUUAAUAUUCUCCUUAACGACAAUAAUUAUUUGUGUCCACAACUUAGAAUUAAACCUGGUACCUUUAUUUUGAUAAACAUUUGAGCAUCUGUUAGCAACAUAAGUAGUAUGAUAUGUGUUGGAAUCAAAAAGCACCUAAUAUGUAUCUUAUUGCUUCGCAAAGCUUUCCAAUGUGUUCUGAAAUCACAAAACCCGCUAAUUCUAAGUUAAAGUAUAUUAAAAAUCACGAAAUAGCUAAAAAGUACAUAAUAAUGAACGAACCAACACAUGCUAAAUCGAUGCUCAAAUGUAUUUUGUUCCAUAUGACGUCAUCACGCUGUGAUCUUUGCUCAGCUAACGAUCUUUGUGACGUCAUAACUCAGUAUCUAGAAAGAAAUAUAAGUAACUAAACCCGUUUUCUGAAAGGCUGAUUAAUUUCAUCUACAAUUUGGUACCGCUUCGUUGACCGAUACUAACGACUUGACAGCUAAUGUUUGACGUAGUGUCGGGUCUUGAUGCGCCCUUCAGAAAUAGGGUAUUGUCAUUGUUAACUUUUGUUUGUCAAUAAUCCACAGGGUCCCAGCACCUGUCGGUACAAUGUGAACUAAGUCUAUCCACCUAUGACAUAAUUAGCUUUAUACUAAGCCAUAAUAAUCUAAUGUCGAUAUAAAUUGCUUUUACUGCAAAAUACCACAAUAAGAAACUGUACGCUAUAUUCAUAGUUAAAGUAACAACGGAAAUGCACCAUUUUGAACCUUAUGCAAUAAUAUAAAGAUUCAAUUUAUUUUAUUUGGUCCUGCGGUAUUAGACCUUUUUAAAUUAUACGGAAAUUAAACGGUGGAGUUUGAAAAUGUAUACUAUUUUAUAAUGUAGGCAACGGCGUUUCGUGUUCGGCCUGUCAAAUGUGACAGCUGUCAAUGUAGGCACGAGGUGUCGAAACUCCGUUGCCAUGUGACUAAUGCCUAUGUGCGAUGUUGAUAAUUUAUUCCGCGCAUUAUUUACUAUUUUAUAUUCUAAAUAACGUGAUAUACCCGAACAAGGUGAUGCGAUGUGUAAAGAUUAUGAAAAGUUUCAAUUAUUAGAAGGGCAAUAGGGAGCCAUCUUGUUCGGACAUUUUAGUGAUUAAAUAAUUAUUAAUUUUGCGUCCUAUACGUUAGAUAAAUUUGCUUUUCGCUUGGAUAUAUAAAGAAGAUAUUUUCAUAUAUAAUAAUAGCACACUUGUACAUAAUUGUUAGUAUAAGGUGUAAAAAAUUGCUAUUGGUAUAUGUAUAAAUAUAAAUUAGAUUAACCGAAUGAUAUCCAUGAAAUGGAUGCUAAUUAAAAUAUUUAAAUAUUAUUUGAGAAAUUAAAAAACGCUAAAGUAUUUAUUGAUGGAGCAAUUGUUUACACCCUGUAUUUAUUUAGUUUUUACUCAAGUUGCGUUUUCGUCUAUGAUCGUUUACUUAAUUUACGAGUAGUUAGUUAUGUCAAUGUUUGUUAUCUUUAUAAUUUUGGGCUGUACAGAGGCGAUCGUUAAAUAAAAUACAAUUAUUUGUGCAUUAUACCUUGGUUGAUGUCAAAGUUCACGCGUUUCAAUCAAUGGUUCCAAUAAACAAUUAUCAAAAAUGCCAUUCUAAUAAACCUUUUCGCCAAAAGAUUAUAGUAGUUCCAGAAAUAGACCCAGAAUUAUAAAGAUACAAAAAAAAACAAUAAAAUUUGUAUAAUUCCAUAUUAUUAACGUUUUGAUUGUAACAAGUUGACGAAACAUCGUGAUAUUUUACAUAGUAAUAGAGAUAGUAACGCUAGGACAUACGUCAUCUUUCAAUGGCCGACCCUCGCCGCACUAGUAGGUAAUGAAAAGGAGCUUACUUAGCGCAGAUAGCUACCCUGGUUAGUGAAAUAGUUAUCCCAUUAUAUUUAGUGUACCGCCGAAUU